AUAAAAGUAAUAAUAAGUAUAAAUUAUGAUCCGAGCCAAUUUUCAUCAAUUACUAAUUACCAUGGAAUUUUCGUAAUACAUAUUUCGUGCCCCGUUAUCUAAAAUUUUUCAUUAUGGCUUUAUUAUUAAUAUGAGUCUUACUAGUGUUAACUUUCAUUAUGUCAAUACAAAAUAUUAUGGCCAAUUCCAUCUACAAUUUGUUUGAAAUGAAAAAAUAUUUUAAGUAUAUUUUUAUAAUUACAUUAGUGUUACUGUAUUAUUUUGGUGUUUUUACUCAUUUUUUCGAGUUGGACUAUAAUUCUCAAUUUGUGUAUCCACUGGAAACUAAUAUUUCAAAGUGCAUAAUCAAUGCACAGUCUGGUGAAUCUGAUCAACUACCUUGUAUUAAUAUAAAUCCAUUAGAAUAUGAUCUACUGUUAUCAAAUGACACUAAAUGUAAUAGAAACAUUCAUUUACUAGUAUUAGUUAAAUCAGCAUUAAAUCAUUUUGAUAGACGAAGGACUAUUCGAAAAACUUGGGGAUUUGAAAAUCGAUUUUCUGAUGUACCAACUAGAACAGUUUUUAUACUAGGAAAGUCGUUUGAUACAGAUUUAGAAAAACGCAUUAAAAAAGAACAUGAACAGUAUGGAGACAUUGUACAGUAUGAUUUUGUUGACGAAUACUACAAUAAUACCAUCAAAACUAUGAAUGCAAUUAAAUGGGCUUCAACACAUUGUAAUGAUUCAAGAUUCUAUUUUUUCUCAGAUGACGACAUGUAUGUUUCUAUGAAAAACUUGUUACGUUAUUUGCGAAACCCAACUGAAUAUCCAGAAUAUUUAAGUAAAGAAGUUAAAGGAAAGCAAUCUAAGCAUAUUUUGCCAUUAGAUGUAGAAUUAUUUACUGGAUACGUUUUUAAUUCUUCACCACUGAGACAUCAAAUAAGUAAAUGGUAUGUCCCACUUUCGGAAUAUCCAUAUCAUAUGUGGCCUCCAUACGUCACAGCUGGUGCUUAUAUGUUAUCUAGAGCAGCUUUGGUCAAAUUUUAUUAUGGAAGUUCUUACACAAAGCGGUUUCGAUUUGAUGACAUUUAUUUAGGACUGCUAUCAAAGAAAUUAAAUAUAAAACCUCUCCACUGUGAACAUAUAUAUUUUUAUAAGAAACAUUAUUCUAUUAGUAGUUAUAAAUAUGUUAUAGCUAGUCAUGGAUAUCAUGAUAGUGAAGAGCUACUUAAUGUUUGGAUAGAACAAAAGAGUAAUGGAAACGCAUAAGACUAAUUUAUAUUAUUGAUCAAAAACUGAAAAUGAAUAAAUUAUUUUUUUUAUGUUACUUUAGAUAAUAAAAUAAAAUAUAUGUAUAUUUUUUAAAUUUAGAUUUUAUUGUUGAAAAAAACUUAUUGUUGAACAUAAUUAUUAUAUAAUUUUAUACAGCUCUAAAUAAAUUUGUAAAAUAUUUUUGACUUAUGAUUACUUGUAUUACUUGUAGUACACGAAUAAUAAAACUAGAAGAGUCUAUGACAUAUGAAGUCACUUAUUUCA